UGCGAAGCGAUGCAUAAAACAGUCGCCAAAUUGAUUGCACAGCGUGCGGAUCUUAAAGCUCUUUCACAGAGAAUUCUCGAAUUCUCUUCCCCAAUAGAAAUCCAAACAAAAACUUUACUUGUGUGUUUGGCUUGUGUGUGUGGGCGGGUGUGUGUGUGUGUUUGUGUCUGAGCUGCACAUAUAUAUACCAUACAAAAAAAUUUUUUUUUUAAACUCAGAAAUGUUCCAAGUGUUGCUACCUUUGUUGCUGCUUAGCGCCAUCUGCAUUGCUGCCCCAUCGCAGUUGCAGUUGCAUUCGGAAUUACAGUCGGCAUCGCAGUCGGCGUCGCAGUCGGCGCCGCAGCAACGUGCCAGCGAUUUAGAUUAUACGCCGAUUAGAUCGGUUACGGACGAUGAACGCUACACGGUAAUUCAUCCGGACGUCAAACUUGUGCCACUGACCAAAGUGAAACAUGGCAAGGGGAAUAUUGUGUUCAGUGCCGGACAGCGUAUUUCGGGCGAUAAACUGCUGGUAAACAACUAUGAUGAUGAGAGCUUUACCAAAGCCGUGAACCUAGAGGUCUUUAUGCGAUAUCCAUUGGCAAUUGGCACCGGCAGCACCUUAACCAGCAUUGAAAUCUAUGUGGACUCAUCGGCCAAUGAUGCUGAUGCUUAUUUCACAGCCGGCGGUAUUGGCAAGACAACGGCGUCGAUAUUGUUGACCUCGGACCAGACCAGAACCUUCUCGUACGAGGCCUUUUUCUAUGGUUACUUAGCCUAGUAGUGCACUACUUCAAAGCGAAGCAAAUAAAACAGCAUCUUCAACUUGGAACUGAACUGUGAUCGCCAUCGCCAUCGCCAUCGUCUCGUUAUCGCCAUAUCCAUAUACAAUCCUCCACUCCUUCUUCUCUGCCCUCUCUACACUCCCAGAGAGAAAGAGACUAGUAUUAUAGUGCUAACAUCUUAAAUUAAA